AUGGUGGGCAGAAAAAGAAAGGGGAGAGUGAAAAUCACCACUGGUAACAAGGAAUCACGUCUUGAAGGGGAGAAUUUUGUGGGUUCUGAUGGUGUGAAGGAAAAAAAGGAAUUGGAGAAGUCGAUUAGGGUUCAGCAAGAAGAGGAACUGGAGAGGUUGGAUAUGGAGAUCGAGACUGCCUCAUCUGGGGCUUCUUUGAAGAGAUCGGAAGUAAGAGGGAAGGAAAAGCAUGCUAAGAGGCAACUCAACUGGGAUGAGAACAGAAGGAUAGUAGACGGAGCUGCAAUCUGGGAUGGAUCUGGUGCUGAGAAAUUAAAAGCUCCGAUUGGUAAUCCAAUUGCCCUAUGGUAUUUCGUUGUGAGAUUUAAGACUGCUGGGGCUAGGGAUGAAGUUUUUAAUAUUAAUAUUAGGCAUUUUGGUAAUAAGCCUUUAAGUGUCAAACCAUGGAGUGUAGGGAUGGGGUUGAAUUUCAGGGAUGUGGAUAAGGUACCAGUUUGGAUUCAAUUGCAUGGAUUAGAACUAAAAUACUGGAACUUAGAAAGCUUAGGUAGGUUGGCUAGUACACUAGGCUACCCUAUUCAAGCUGAUGAGUAUACAAUUACCAAAAGUAGGGUACAAUAUGCUAGGAUCUUGGUUGAAAUGGUGAUAUCUGAAAAUGUGCCUGAUCGAAUAGUCUUUGAAGAUGAAAUAGGUAAUAUUAAGGUCCAGAAUGUGGUGUAUGAAUGGACCCCAACCCAAUGUAUGAGCUGUCAUGGUUAUGGUCAUAAAACAGCAAGUUGUAGAUUGAAGAAGAAGGUUGAGAUAGCUAAACCUAAAACUCCGAGUUCGGAAUGGAAGAGAGUUGUAAAAGGAAAGGAGGUAAGGGAAGAAGAUGGUGAGAAAGGGUUAGAGAUUGCUCAAGGUUCAAGCCAACCUGGGAAGGAAAUGGGAAAGGAGCUAAGCAGUAAAGAAGGGAACAAAAUGGGGGAUAGCACUCUGAGAGAUAAAGGAGCUAUUUCUAGUGUUGCAGAUAAUCAGGUUGUAACUGUUAGGUGUUCUUCCUUUGAGAACCUUAAUAAAGUUACUAGUGAACCCGACACUGGGAAUAACUCUGACAUAAGUUGUGGGAAGGAUAAAGGCAUCUUGAUUGAUCCUAGACCUGUUUCCAAGGAGUAG